AUGCAAAUCUUCUACUCCAGACCCCCACCAGAUCCGCCUCCGUGCAUAAAUCAUCCAUUAUCGUUCAAGUCUCUCAUUCUCACUGAGCCGCCAGAGCCGCCAGACCCUCCAGAUGCAAACGUCAUCCCUGCUCUGAUCCCGUUCGUCGAUGAAUUCCACAACCCCUCUCCCCAAACGGCUUUUCAAGUUGUAGAUCUCGAAUCUGGUGUCCCAGCUAUGGCGUUUGGAUCCACGGGUGUUGUGGUUUCUUGUGUGUUUACGUGUAAAGAACUCUCUUCUACCGUUUGUUCAUGGCUCCUGCUUACAGGAUCUACUUCAUCCAACGUUGCCGCUCGCUCUAAUAACCUCAUCUUCGUCCUUCUCAUUGCUACUCUUGGUUUCCUCAUUUCUUACUCCACACCGCCUCCUCUAGCUUUCGCACAGACCUCAUCUCUGAAGACUCCACCCAUGGUGGUGACAAAGAACAGUGUUGGUGGUGGUUCCCCCGUGUCAACGAGUGACACUUUCUUAGCCUACGGGCUUCUCUCUCCUGUGAUAUACAGGUCCCUAUGUGGGAAUAUCUAUGGCUUUCAAGCAGGUCCUUUAACCUUCCUACCGAUUCUCUUUGUAAGUAUUUAUAUCACAUUGGCGAGAUCCUCAGCAGUAUGCAGUCCCCUUACGGGCUACAUGCCGGUUGUUGAUGUUGGUUCUAAUCUCCCUUCCACCUUUGUCGCUAUGGCUUUGGCAAUGAUAGGGAAUUCUCUCCUCUUGUGGCAGCUUGGAUUGAAACGUCUUAAGCUGUGUGCUGCCACAGUCAGAAAUGUCUCCGCAAGUGGGAUGCCAUACGGUGGUGUAAACAAGCUCGAGACUGUUAUAGUGGCCGAGUUGAACGCAUGCGUCAUGACCUCGGCCUUAUGA